GUUUUCAAAAGGCCAGAUGUGAAACCGUCAUAUGUGUGUGCAGUGACGGGCCAGCCUGCCCGAUAUCGCGAUCCUGUCACUGGCCUGCCAUAUUCGACUCCAUUCACUUUCAAAAUUAUCAGAGACAAGUACCAUAAGUACUUGAAAACCAUCAAGGAUAAUCCUGAAGUCACGGAGUAUAUGAAACAGUUCGAAUGA